AGAGAGAGAGAGAGAGAGAGAGAGAGAGAGAGAGAUGAGUUCCUCUCCACCCACAUUCAUCCGUGUCCAUUGUGAGGGGGAGGUGAAACAGUUGAGCACUUACUGUGCUAUUAACUGGCAUUAUCUAGUUGCCUCAGUGUGGAGAAGACGUUAGUCAAGACUGCUCCUCGUCAGAAUUCCACCCAGUUGGAGCAACUAUGACUUCCCAUGUGAAACUCCGGAAGGAAAAGGUUGGCUUGGUGGACUACGACACACAAAUCAAAGAGGUACGUUGCCAGCUUGUAGACCAGCUGAAGGUGUUGGACUUUCAACUCGAGCAGAAGAGCCAGCAGCUUCAGGACCUGACGGACUACCUGCGACGACGGGGUGAGAUCGAAAGCGAGUACGCUCGCUCCCUUGAAAGACUUGCUGAACGGUUCACCUCUAGGAUAAAGAGGAAGGAGCCCAGUACUCACUCGGUGGCCCAGGUCUGGCUGGCCCUGCUGUCCCAGACCCGCCAAGAAAGCAAGGACCACAGUGGACUCAGUGAGAGCUGCAGCAACGUCCUCCUCCAGCCACUCACACACUGCCUAGAGUACACACAACGUCUUGCCAAGAAGAGUAAAGACGUCUGUACUCAGCUGCAAGAUGGGCUACUCAAGGUUACCACAGAGCUGCAAACUGCAUGGAGGACAUACUACCAGUACCACUCUGAAUACGUGUGUGCAGAGGGGAAGCUGAAGGAGGCAGAGAAACAGGAAGAAAAGCAGAAGCAGAGUGCUGCAAAGAAACUGGGGAGGUUGAUAGAGAAAAGACAAGGUAAGGUCCAAGAAGUCUACCUGAAGUGCAGCAAGGCUCGAAACGAUUACCUCCUGAACUUGGCUGCAGCCAACGCCUCCAUGAAUAAGUACUACCUUCAAGACAUCUCCACCCUCAUAGAUUGUGCAGAUGCAGGGUACCACAUCUCUUUGAGCCGGGUGAUGCAGGCCUACCUGUCAAGUCGGUGGCGGGACCAGCAGAACCUGGGCACGGGGCUGCAGCAGCUCCAAGUCACCGUGUCCGGAUUGGACCAGAGUCAGGACAGAGACACCCUCCUGCAGGACAACUAUAACACCUUCUGUAUGCCCCUCCGCUUCUCCUACCAGCCCCACGAUGGAGACCAGGUUACUGAGGUCAGUGCGGAGUGUGAGAUGAGAUGCGAGCUGGAGACCAGAUUCAAACAGAUCCAAACCAGACUGAGAGCGGUCACUGAGGAGACAGAGGAGGCCAGUAAGAGCAUGUCAGCGGCCCAGUCGUCCCUGCUGGAGAACAUCAGUGACGAUGAUCUGGACCCCAGCAGUGGGUCCUCUCAGGAGGGCAGCACCGAGAACCUGACAGUCAAGCCCAGUGUGGCCCGACGCAGAGCCAACCUGCAGGAAAUAGAAAACCUCUACUUCACUAGAGUGAAAGAGUACCUUCUAGGCAGCUCCCUGGUAUGUAAACUGCAAGCCAAGCAUGACCAGCUCAAAGUGGCCGUGGAAAAAGCUGAGGCGUCAAAUGGACAUCAGCCUAGACACAAUGGAAUGUCUAUGCGAAUCAGGAAGAAUCACUCGAGUGCCAAUUUGAAGCACAACCACAAACUCUUUAAUGGAGACAUGCUCUCAUUCAUACAGGCAUCAGGACAACAGAUCCCAAUUGUUGUGCAAAGCUGCAUUUGCUUCAUCAACCUAAAUGGUCUCCACCAUGAAGGGAUAUUCAGGGUGCCGGGGUCUCAGAUGGAGGUCAACAACCUGAGGGACGCCUUUGAGCGAGGAGAGGACCCACUGGCUGAACGGAGAUGUGACCUGGACUCUGUCGCUGGAGUGCUGAAGCUCUACUUCAGAGGUCUGGAGAAUCCCCUCUUCCCCAUCGGAAGCACCAGCCAACUUCUGGAGCACGCUCAAAUAAAGAACGAGGCGGAGAGAGCAGCUCAGUUCAAAACAGUCAUCUCCUCCUACCCCAAGCCGGUCAUCAUCGUCAUGAGAUACCUCUUUGCAUUCCUUCAUCAUGUGUCUCAAUACAGCGACGAGAACAUGAUGCAGCCUUACAACCUGGCUGUGUGUUUCGGCCCCAGCCUGGUGAGAGGGCAAAACGACGACGAUGUCGUCACCCUGCAGCCUCAGAUCAACGCCCUUGUGAAGAACCUCAUCAUCCAGCAUGAGAGCAUCUUCCCCAGCCAGAGUGAAUUACAAGGCCCGGUGUAUGAGAAAUGCAUGACACUGGAGGAGGAUGACUGUGAGCCUAUCAUUGACGAAGGCGAUGUGGAGGCUGAGUACACACAUGGCAGAGGUGAUUUUGAAACGGGAUACUCGGCUGACAACAGCACAGGCUUGUUUUCAGCCGCGACACAGAAGGCAGACCGCCCCAGAGCCAACAGCAGUGGCUCCAUCGAGAGCAGAAGGAUGUCGGGUGGGCCAGCAGGGGGCGGAAUCACUUCGGGUGGGAAACUAAUGCUCCAGAUUCCUGUUGGGCCACAGUGCAAGCCAAGGCAGCUCCACUCUCCUGGCAAUGUGCGCAGAGAAUAUCAGGGACACUCAUCUUCUGAGGAUAUUCCUAUUCAAUUAGACAAGGAGGUCUGUCGCCAGAUGGACUCGGUCUUCAAGGAGCUCCUCUUGCGGCAAGGAGUGUCAGAUCCCUCCACCACCGCCGCCUCCUCUCCCUCUGCCCAGGCUGCCCAAAGGAAAGGGAGGCGGGAUGGACGCAGAGGGAGAUGAGCAAGGCCCUUCAAAGGAGCAGAUCCACUGGACUGAAGAGGACAGGCAAUAGUCGAUGACAUGGGAAGAGCGAGAGAGACGAUACAAAUGAAAACUGAGGUGUAGGGUCAUGUGCUCUGACAGCAGCUUUCAGCACAUCUAUUUCUAGAAAACUGAGAUCACUGACCCACAGUCCCUUCUCUGAGGUCUGUUGAUUGGCUUCUUUCCACUGGGCGGCUCCUGACUCAGAAGCCCUUCCAUUCAUGUUUUCUACAGCAGACUCCUGUUGAGACUGCAGACCUGCUGUACAAUGUGGAAACUGUGGAUUACUUGAAAUGCACGAACGUGUUUUGUGUACAGCUGAGUGUGCUUAUGCAACUAUCUGCAUCUGUGUAGGUGUUGAUAUUAAACAGUUUCCACUUUAAGACAUAUUUUGGCAGUCAUUUUUAGUCAGUAAAUACACAUCUCCAUACAAGAUACACAUCCAUUAUUCACAUAAAGAUAAGAAAACUGUGACUACUAGAGCUGUAAGGAAUUUGUACUAAUUAUUUAAUUAUUUGUAAUUUGAUUCACACUCUGAUUUGUCUGUAUAUCUAGGCUACACGGCGAAUAAAUAUUUUGUCUAUUCUGCUAGGUUUGCCUUUCCUUUUUCGCUUGAGUAUGUAGGACAGAAACUGCCAAAAUCUGACACAAAUGAAUGACUCAAUAAAUUAAAUUGCCAUUAAAUGCACUAAAGGUGAUAAUACAAGGACAUGUUGGCAUU